AUACAAUACCCAAAAUUAAUUGUGCGAUAUUAAUUUUAACAAGCAUUUAUUUCAUACCCCUUAUAAAACAUCUUUCGAGAAGUUGUCUGUCAGUAAUAACGGCAACGAUGCAAUACGCUACGCGACAUUCCUUGACGUUUCGAUCAGGGAAGUGUCAGGCCGGUCAGGCACGUCCAGCGCGGUUAGGAACUGACAAGUAGACGAACUCCGAGUGCUUUGAAAAUCCUUCGUACGUGCAGAAUCUCAUAGAUGAUCCGUGAGGCGCGACAUCAUCCCCUUCCUCGCCGCGCGAGCGAAGUUAUUCAUGAACGCUUCACGUGGAGCGAGGUUGCCCGGUCGGUCGCGGGGUAACAGAAUACGCAAGCUAUUGCUGUCGGAAUACCGUGAGUUCUCAGAGACAAUUUUAGUGGAGUCGCCGUUCGCGGAAACGACGCGGAACGGACGUGGGGUCCGUCAGGUCGCCCUGGGCCUCACGCCGACCAGGCUGAUCGUUGCCGCCGACGUCCUCCAGACAAACCCCGGUUUCCUUUGCCCGCCUGGUAUCGACGCCAGUAUCGAGAGCUUCGAACUCGUUUCCGUGUAUCCCUUAGAAUAUGUUACGCUCAGCGUGUUCCGGAGAAGACGUCGCAGGACUCUGAAGGCAAGAUUCGUUGACGGUCGAGCCAAUUAUUAUGAGCUCGGCGGUGCUCGGCGUAGAGUUUCUUGGAGAAUCUGGUGCGAGCAGGUACGAAGGUUACUGGAGUCCAAGGCGGAUGGUAGCUCGUUGUCCGAAACGACGGCGGCGAGCUCGUCGAGCAGUAGUGCCCUGUAUUUACUCUCAUCUGAAAUUGAAAUCAGAAAUAAUCGCGACGUGAAAUGCAAGAGGUCAAUUGUCAGGUCAGGUGGCGAUUGGCGUGUAUUUAAAAAAAACGAAUACAGAGUGUGGAGUCAUUAUGGAGGUGCCGGCGAUUACAUUGCUCCCUCGUGGACCGAGAAGGACUUGUAUCUCGGACCGUCUUACAACGAGUUGAUAAACGGCCAUUACACGCCGGUCCCAGUGAGAUUCGCCGGGGCCAGCCUAGAUGAUCUCAGGUAUGAACUGGGGGAUCCCACGCGUUACGUCGUCUGCGAGAAAUCCUGUCACAGUUGGCCGUGUCAGACGAGGCUCGGCGGUCCGGCGAGAUUGCAACGCGCUGGCGGGCUCUGCAACGUUCUUUUCGCAAGAAAUCGUAACGUACAUCGUGGCGAUUACGUCGCGAGUUGCAAAAGCUCACCCUGCAACGUCUGCCAACUGGAUAACAGCGUCGGCAUCAAUGUUCUCGGAGAGCACAGCCGAUGUCACGAGCGUCGGGACAUGUUCUUCGAAGACGAUUUCGUGGAGCACGUAGAAAAGAAGUACGGAAAGCGCCAGCAGGAGUACCAGAAGAAAGGGCCUUCAGGCACGAAGAUAUCGCGUUUCGGUUUCGGAGUGCCGGAGAAAUGCCAUUCGGAAUUGAUCCUGGGUCCCUAUCGCGGUGACUCGAACUACGUCGACGUCCUCGAUCCUCACGAGCUACUGGAGAACGGCGUGGCGGUCUGGGAGGACAAUUGCCGGUCCGUGAGGAGCCAGAGGCAUCCGCGGAGAUACGGCUUCUCCUCGGCGGCGCACUUCUUCCACGCGCUCGGCCCGUGGUCGGUACAACCUGGUGAACGGGAAUCCGUGCAGACUCACCGAUCGCCGAGUGCAGUCAACAUUCGCAAGCAGCCGUCGGACCCGGAGCUGAGGCUUCCGGUCUCGCGCCGUCAGUUAACCACCAGUAUCUCCUGCGCCGCCCUGACACCCGGCGGAUCCAGUAUCAUCGGCGCCGUCACCAGAAGACGAGUGAUACUCUUCUGGACGCCGGAAUAUUGGUACAGGCCUCAGGCAGCGGCGGCUGCCUACAGGGAGCUGAGGCAUCACUUGGCGUCUCUCCGGAACUUUCGGCACGAGAAGGAGAAGCAGGUGAGAAGAAGGUUUUUCUGCCGACGAAGGAGUCGGAUCUCAGGCGAAACCGAAAACAAUAAUUCCGAGACAGUGGGAAAAUCCAGCAAUCUCUUGAACCGCGUGCUCUCCAUUAACGGCGCGUGCAAGCGCGACGAGAGGACGAGAGAGAACGCCGAUGACGAUGACGAUCGCGGAGGCACGGCGCAACUGCGGAGAUUGUUAAGGAUGAACUAUCGCAUCACCAUUUGGGACGUGGACAGCACCACCCUCGCCAUGCAACUCACGUCGAUCGAUCGCGAUCUCUUCGUUCGCAUCCCCGCGACCGAGAUCGAGACGCUGGUCCACCAAAGAUCGUCGCGCAACGCGCCGAACCUGGGCGCGUGGAUCGCCUUCAGCCAUCGCAUCGCCUGCCUGACCGUCAGCGAGAUCCUCGCGAUCAAGCAGCUCGGCAUGAGGGCCAGGAUCAUGGCGCGAUUCAUCAACGCCGCCGACAAGUGUCACGCGCUCGGCAAUCUUCAGUCUUGCAGGUCCAUCCUGGCUGGUCUGCAGGCACCGCCGAUUUACAGGCUCCGGAGAAGCUGGUCCUACCUGAGGAUUCAUCACGCCAGCAGGUACGCGGCGAUGGAGAGGCUGUCCAAGAUUUACAAAAGCCCGCGCUGUUCGAAGUACCGGAAAGCUUGGGUCGCAGCGAAACGCAACCCACCUUGCAUGCCGUACGUCGGUCAUUUUCUGGUCAAAGUUCUGGGAUUAAACGGCCCGAGAAAAAUUCAAGCGAACUACGCGCCGUUCUCCACGAGGAGACAGUUAACCGCGCGACUCGGCGGGCCUUCAGAAUCCUUAUCUGUUAACAAUAACUUGAACGAUCUUCACUCAGGAACCGACAAGGACCUAAUGGAACCCAAACGAUCUCUGGCAAGGCGUAUUUUUGCGGCGACGCUGGCCAGAAUAAAGUUCACGACGCGUCAGAACGUCGCGAAAGAGAUAAAAAACGACGACGCUUCGGCGUGCAGACGGCGAUAUCUCGCGCGUCGGUUUUUCCAUCGCUGGCGCGUAAUCGCGUUGGAGGCGAGAAUACGUUCGGAGAACGAGAGAAAAUUGAAGAAAGUGGACUCAAAAAGAAGACGCGUCCUCAAUAUCGCGGCCUGGCUGACGGACUGCCAGAGAUUCGCGUUGGGCUACAGUUUCCCGUUAAACUCGUUCGCGUGCGAGUAUCUCUUGAAGGCGCGUUACAGGGAGGACCGCGAGAACUUCUUCAUCAGCAUCAAACUGGAGCCACCGAGGACAACUUGAAACGCAUCGGCAGAUCUGAUUGAGAUUACACCGUUGGCGACCAAUGUGAGAGAUCGCUAAUUCUAAUCAUCGCCGCGCGUCAAGGCGGAUAUCGACAUAUUGGCAAAUAUGCGCCAAUUAUUCAUCCAUAAUCGUAAACAUUCUCUUUAGGAAUACUGGAUCAUUCAGUAUUAUUUGCAUACGAUUUAUUCAGAAAUAAUUUUACUCGACAGGUAUCUACCGUAUCUACACGCGCUUUGUAAGAUUAUUAUUGCUAUAACACUUUAAUAAAUAUAAGUCUUCGGAUGCUGUCUGAUAUUAAGCACUAAUUGAUAUUCUAUACGCUUGUGUGUAAUUUGUUAUAAUUUUUUUGUCCGGGAAAGAGAAAGGAUUAAAACGAUUUCUUUAUCACUGUUUUAUUCCGAACAUAAUGUAUACAAUUGUUAUUUUUUACACGUAUUAUGCAUAUAAUACGUGUAUACAUAUAUAUAUACAUGAAUAUAUUGCAUAUGUAUAUAUAUGUAUAUACAUAUAUAUAAACAUAUAUACAUUUCUCUAUUAAAUUUCUUAGUCAUAAACUUAAAAAAAGUGAAUUGUAACGAUUAGAAAAGUGAAUCUCUGAACUGAUAGGUACCAGAAUCUGACUAGAUAACACAGUUUUGUGUAUGUACAAUGAAAUAUCUACGUUCUUGAUUUAAAAGAAAAGAUAAAAAACAUAAUAUACACAUAUAUCGGACAAGGGAAA